CAUAAAGCCAGUUUGAGAUUUUUGAGAGAGAAUCAAGGAGGGUUAAGCAAAGAUGUCAGGAAGAGGAAAGGGAGGUAAGGGAUUGGGAAAGGGAGGAGCCAAGAGGCACAGGAAGGUUCUCCGUGAUAAUAUCCAGGGUAUCACGAAGCCUGCGAUUCGUCGUCUGGCUAGGCGUGGGGGAGUCAAGCGUAUCAGUGGUCUUAUCUACGAAGAGACCAGAGGCGUUCUCAAGAUCUUCCUGGAGAAUGUGAUUCGUGAUGCCGUGACAUACACUGAACACGCUCGCCGCAAGACUGUGACUGCUAUGGAUGUUGUGUAUGCUUUGAAGAGGCAGGGACGCACUCUGUAUGGGUUCGGUGGUUAGGGGGAUCUGAGGAUUUUAUGUGCUAGUGGUCGAUUUAGGGUUUUUAUGUGCUUCUUGGGUAUGUGGUUUGAUAGGCAUUAGGCUUCUUCAGCUUUACAAAUAGUGGUAGAUAUCUGAUUCUUCUACUUGCAAAACGUCAUGUAUCUCUCUCUCGAUACUUGUUCUAUAUGAAAAGCUCUUAUUUCUUCGUAUU